AGCCACUAAGACUUUUUAUCCGAUUAUACUUGAUCCCUGUAAAAAACAGAAAUUAUAAUUUACUCAGUUUAAGAAGUGUUCUGUCCUUCAUGAUCUGGUUUUGUAUUCCCAUGGGUUUGUUCUCAAUCCCAAUUUAUCUAGAAUCAGUUCCCAAAAACAACCCAGUUAUGAUGGCUAGUUCAGUAACAAUAUAUCUAAAUCUAAUGGCGAUGACAUUGUCUACACCUGGAUUACUUGCAAAUCUUGUUGAAAAGUCAGAAAUUGAUCUUGAUGACACCAAGUACUCCAAGAAAUGGGUUGCUAUGCUUAUGAUCCUCUACACUGUUGUAAUUAUUGUUGGGGUGAUUGCUUAUUAUCAAUCAAAAAAUUUUGUAAUCAUGUGUCCAGCCAUGAUAGCCUCCCAGAUUAUGCUAGCUAUCCUUAUAACCGCCUAUUUGAUUACAUUUAAUCUAGUCUGCACUUCCUUUAUUGCGGAGGCAACUGAUUUGACUAAGGAAGACAAAGUUACAGUCACUAUCUCAUGUUCUAUGAAUUUAGUAAAGAAGAUAAGAAUGCUCAAGAGGGGGUUCAGUCCACUUCUUCUUUCCAUGCUAGUGAACUAUUCUGUAAGCAUGAUAAUCUGUUCAUACAGUGGAUUGUAUUUUCUUAAGCUGGGGAAAUAUUUCACGAGCCUUAACUAUAUCACAAGUGUUGCAAUGUAUCUUUUAAUUGUCUACUCCCUAAUCUGCAGUUGCGAUGAAGUAUUCCAAGCUCUGUCUGCUAAUAAUGAUAAACUUAGGAAGAUGUCCUUAAUGGCGGAUGAUGACAUGAAGCACAAAAUUCUGACAGUUCUUGAAAUAAUCAGAGAAGAAGGACCUUUUACUGCUCUUGGAUUCUUUGACGUGGAUAAAUCAACCUUUAUGACAAUUAUUGGAUGCACCAUCAACUAUCUGGUUAUCAUGCUCUCCUUCAAUGCAACUUAGUUAUCUUGUCCUCCUUGGAAGAGACUCAGUUUACAUGAACACAUGUUUUAAAGUAGCUUAACAAUGGGCUUUAAAAGCACUUUGCUAUGAUCCUCAUCUCAUUUAACUUUUAUUUAUUAAGAAUUAAUUAAAUUAUUUAUCCUUUUUAUGCUUGACUUUGAGAAUUUAGACACUAAGUCCUGAUUUGUCAUACACAGUUUAAUCUUUCUGCAAAUACAUGUUUUUACCUC